GAGAGCGAGGCGAAAGAUUCGCGGAUGCGGCGGGGUGUCUGCACCCGUGCGUGAAUCACGCUUCAGAAACGCUCUCUGUCUCUCUCUCCGCUCGCCGUCGUCCUCGAGUGCGUCCUGUGCUCACCGCGACAUUGACCUGUGUCUUGUCGCUGGACGCCACCACCGACAGCAACCAGCAACGGCAUCAGCAGCAGCAGUAGAGGUAGUGACCAUCCUGAUCGAGCGCGAGGGGGAAUCUCGACCGACCAGCCAACCAACCAGCCAGCUAGACAGCGGCGUCUCUUGGCGCCGAUCGAGAGAAAUUCCACGAAGAAGCCACCGAGUUGCUCGGAUUCUCGCACGGAUCACCGGAUACCACCGUCGAUCGCCAUGACUCAUCCCGAGCGAGUUCCUCAGCAGGUACCGGGUGUUCUAUGAUGAAGGGUGUCCUCGCGGCGCGGUGAGAGGACCUCCACCUGCGACUCUCUACCUACCGGGUGUGCCUUCCGAGGAUCUCGCGGGUGUUUCCCAGAACUGGGAAACUCGGCAACGGCGUCGUCGUCGUCGUGAUUGUCGGUGACAGGCUGGAGAGUAUCCGCUGAAAGAGACGUCCGCGGUGUCGAAAGUGAAAGUCGCGAGAGAGCGAUUGAGGCGCGAUUGACCACGAGUAUAUAUAGACGCACGCGUUGACGGAACGCGGGUUUGAUUGAAGGCGUAGAGACGCAACGGAGGAUAGACUGGCAACAAAGAAACAGAAGCGGCUACAACAUGUCAGAUGAGGAAGACAAACCCCCUGCACCCCCUGUUCGAUUGACAUCAAACAGGGGAGAAUCAGCGCCUAAUCUACCGGUGGACAUGCGUCCACUGCCUAAGGAGCCGGAUUCUGACGAACGCAAGAAGAAAACUCUGAAGAGCAAGAUGAAGGUGAAAGAGAAUAAGGACAAGCCCAACAUCAGUUAUCCCACGAACUUCGAGCACACCGUGCACGUCGGAUUCGACGCCGUGACCGGUGAAUUCACGCUGCCACUAAAAGGUAUGCCGGAGGCAUGGGCGAGAUUGCUUAUGUCCAGCAAUAUUAGCAAGCAAGAACAGAAGAAAAAUCCGCAAGCUGUAUUGGACGUACUAAACUGGUAUGACAGUAGCAGUAAGGAAGCAAAGGGCUCUAAAUACAUGACCACAACUAAGAUGGUUGGAGUUGUUGCUCCAAUCGAAAGGGCGAGUAGUCCUCGAAGUAUGGGAAUGGGUAUCGGCACGGGAAUAGGCAAUAUUCGCGGCCAGGCGAUGUCUCAGGCAUCUGGUAGUUCUCACUCUCAACAUUCGUUGAGCAGAGUGAGUAGCAGUAGUCCGAGUAGUACGCCGACGGAUGCGUGUGCGACUAGCUCGGAACAGGAAGAUGAACCACCGCCUCCGCCGAUCUCCGCUCGACCGGAACGCACGAAAUCGAUUUACACAAAACCUAUAGAGGAGGAACCGCCACCUCCCCUGACGACCACAUUGGGUUCGCCGCAACGAAACGGCAUGCAACAACAGCAACAUCAGUCGCAAUUAGAUAGGAAUAAGAAUCAAGCGACACCGACUUCAACAACGACUGAUCAGACACGACCGGCGCAAGGUGAUAAAGCUAGAAAGAAGAAGAUGUCAGACGACGAGAUAUUAGAAAAGCUUAGAACAAUUGUAAGCGUAGGAGAUCCUAAUAGAAAAUAUACGAAAAUGGAAAAAAUAGGACAAGGUGCCUCGGGGACAGUGUAUACGGCAAUAGAAACGUCCACUGGUAUGGAAGUUGCAAUAAAACAAAUGAAUCUGUCGCAACAGCCAAAGAAAGAGCUUAUAAUAAACGAGAUUUUGGUAAUGCGGGAGAACAAGCAUCCAAACGUUGUAAAUUAUUUGGAUAGUUAUUUAGUUGGGGAAGAACUCUGGGUAGUCAUGGAAUAUUUGCCAGGUGGCAGUUUGACAGAUGUUGUCACUGAGACAUGUAUGGACGAAGGUCAAAUUGCCGCAGUGUGUAGAGAAGUACUACAGGCACUCGAGUUCCUUCAUUGUAAUCAGGUUAUACAUAGGGACAUCAAGUCCGACAAUAUUCUAUUGGGUCUUGAUGGUGGAGUUAAAUUAACGGACUUUGGCUUUUGCGCACAAAUCUCGCCGGAGCAAAGCAAACGGACGACGAUGGUUGGCACGCCGUAUUGGAUGGCGCCGGAAGUGGUAACGCGAAAGCAAUACGGACCUAAGGUCGAUAUAUGGUCGUUGGGAAUAAUGGCAAUCGAAAUGAUCGAAGGAGAACCACCAUAUUUGAAUGAAAAUCCAUUGAGAGCGUUGUAUCUAAUCGCGACAAAUGGCAAACCGGAGAUCAAGGAGAAAGACAAGCUGUCGGGUAUAUUCCAAGACUUCCUGGACCAAUGUUUAGAGGUCGAGGUGGAGAAACGGUCCGCGGCUUCCGAACUAUUAAAGCAUCCUUUUCUGAAAUUAGCUAGGCCACUGGCUUCGUUAACACCUUUGAUAAUGGCGGCGAAGGAAGCUGCCAAAGGUCAUUAAGAGAGAUAGUGACGUUUAGACUAUAGAUUUGUAAGAUGUGACUCCAAGAGUACGGUGAAAAAAUUAUGCGAAAAA